AUGAGCAGUUCCCAUGUGUUGACUCAGCCACAGCAGGUACAUAGAUAAAGCAGCUGAGAAGAGGAAGAAGAAGAGCGCGAGUCAGUGACUCAGUGAGUCACAAGACAAUGGAAGCGCUUAAACUGUGGAACCUAACAAGCCAACCACUCAAGAGGCACUUACUUCACUCAACUACUUAUCACCUCUUACGCAUUUCGUCGAACACCUCACCCACCGGAGCUGCUUCCAGGGCUGCUGGACGCAACCGCCGUGCCCCGGCGUCUCCGACCACUUCGACUUCCGAUAGGGAGGCUGUUCGAGCCAUUCGCUUGAAGAAGGUUGAAGAACUGAGAAGUAAAGGGCUUGAUCCAUAUGCUUAUGGAUGGGAGAAAACUCACAGUGCUAAUCAGCUGCAAGAUAUAUAUAGAGAUCUGGGAAAUGGUGAGGAAGCAAACGGUGAGAAUGACCAUGUAUCAAUUGCAGGAAGAAUUGUUGCUAGAAGAGCAUUUGGCAAGCUUGCUUUUUUGACACUAAGAGAUGAUUCUGGGACAAUUCAGCUCUAUUGUGAUAAGGAGAGACUCAUAGAUGACCAGUUUGAACAGUUGAAAGCUCAUGUUGAUAUUGGUGAUAUACUAGGUGCAAGAGGUUCAAUAAAACGCACAGAGAAAGGAGAACUUUCUGUGUGUGUCCUUUCCUUUGCAAUCCUUACAAAAUCUCUGCUUCCACUACCUGACAAAUAUCAUGGCUUAACUGAUAUCGAUAAACGCUAUCGCCAAAGAUACGUAGAUAUGAUUGCAAAUCCAGAGGUAGCAGAUGUUUUCCGCAAAAGAGCAAAGGUUGUAUCAGAGAUACGGAGAACAAUGGAUUCUUUAGGUUACAUUGAAGUUGAAACCCCAGUUUUGCAGGGAGCAGCUGGGGGAGCCGAAGCCAGACCAUUUAUUACACAUCAUAAUUCUCUUGGAAGGGACUUAUAUUUGAGAAUUGCAACUGAAUUACAUCUGAAGAGAAUGCUGGUUGGUGGAUUUGAAAAGGUAUAUGAGAUUGGGCGAAUAUUUAGAAAUGAAGGAAUUUCAACUCGUCAUAAUCCUGAAUUUACCACAAUAGAGAUGUAUGAAGCAUACUCAGACUACCAAAGCAUGAUGAAUUUGGCAGAGGAGAUUGUCACUCAAUGUGCCCUAGCAGUUCUUGGGAAACUUACCCUAGAUUAUCAGGGAGUUGAGAUAUGUCUGGAGAGACCUUGGAGGAGGGAGACCAUGCACAACCUUGUUAAAGAAGUUUCCGGCAUUGAUUUUAGUGAAUUGGGAGAUGAUCUUGAAGUUGCAAAGAAAGUUACUCUUAGUACCCUUGGAAACAAUCUUGAUGCCAAGGACAAAGCUUCGAUUGAAGCUUGCCAAUCUGUUGGCCAUCUACUUAAUGAGGUCUUUGAGGUUGUUGUAGAACCAAAGCUCAUCCAACCUACAUUUGUUUUAGACUAUCCAAUUGAAAUAUCUCCACUGGCCAAACCACACCGAAGAUCCAUAGGUUUGACUGAGAGAUUUGAGCUAUUCAUUUGUGGCCGUGAGCUAGGCAAUGCAUUCUCGGAACUGACUCAGACUCCCCCGCAGAGAGGUCGCUUAGAGGAUCAAGUUAGACAACAUGAAAAGAAGAGAGCCGAGGCUGCUUCAAGAAAUGCUGAUAAGAAGGAAGGGACGGAAAACGAGGAUGACUUAUAUGAAGUUACUCUUGAUGACGACUUUCUAACAGCUUUGGAAUAUGGAAUGCCUCCAGCCUCUGGAAUGGGACUUGGAAUUGACAGGAUCGUGAUGCUUUUGACAAAUUCUCCCAGCAUUCGAGAUGUAAUAGCCUUUCCAGUAUUGAAAGUCCAGCAAUAGUACUGGGUUGUGAUGUAUGCAAUUAUUUUUUUUUUUUUUAAAAAAGUUUUCCGAAAGUGGGAGUGCUGUGAGUCACUCUAAUCAAAUAUUGUCAUAAACUGUAUUUUGCAUUGACCAAAGAAACAACACUGUAUUUUGAUU